GUGACUCCACAACAGCGACAGCCCUCUUAACUACUUCCCUCUGAUAAGGUUUGCACUGCUGUAUUUGCUGUCUCAGGUUUCAGGACUGAUCCUGUAUCCUGUAGUUGUUUUUCUCCACAAAGCUGAGUCAGCGUGGAUGAGCCUACGGUACUGCUGUGACAUGACAGAAAGAAUCUACACUUUUACACUGGAGCACUAAACAAAGACUUAUAUUACCUGAAGAAUGCAGAACAGCCACCAGGAAACCUCAGCGGCCACCUGUGAAGUCGAGUGUGGUGGUCCUGCCUUGUCCAAACAGAAGAAGGUCAUCCACUUCUCCAGCGGUGAAACUCUGGAGUUAGAAGACAGCGAGGAGGAGGAAGAAGAGGAGGAGGAGCAGCAGCUGUCCAACAGUGUUCCCUUCAAAGAACCUGCACAGAGGACUAAGUUCUCAUUCAAGAAUGUGGCCAUUCUAGUUGGGAGGAUUUCACUACUGGCUUGUGAUUUCCUUGGAGAGAGACUUGCUGGUGCACUUGGACUUAAUGCAGCCAAAUACCAGUACGCCAUAGAUGAGUAUCAUCGUGAUCAGAAGACACAGAUCAGUCGAGAUAGCCUCAGGGAGGAACAGGCAGAGUCGAUCCAUCUCUCUCCUGGACUGGAUGGGAGUCGUUAUGGAGCCACCGGAGAUGAAAGCUGCCCCGCUGAUCCCCAGGAGAGCUGUGACGAGAAACAUGUGGACAGAAAAAAGGGAUGUCACAACAGAGGCUAUCAAGCAGAUGAGGAUUACCUGGAGUAAAACUACACAAAACAAGGACAGCAAAAGCACUGUGAAAUACUGUACGCAGCUCACAAAAUGGCAUAGUGGAGGCAGUCUGUAAAGCCUGGCACCGUUACAACAAAACUAUGAGAGGACAAAAAUAUGAUAAAGAUUCACUGAUGUGGUGGCUGGUGUAGAGGUUCUUGCAAGGGUGCAGUUUUGUUUAUGUAAUUCCCCAAAUAAAUACCCAGUAAUGAAUGUAUAGGUGCAAAUUUCAAGGGAACAUGUGCACUUGUACCCACCAAUAAAAACAUGAAACUACAAAAGCUUUUCACAUUUAAAAAACACUGUAA